AUGCGAAGGGGACGGGGUGCCUCGUUUUUCAUGGGUCGCGCUGACGGCGUCCGCAAACAUCGGGUGAAGCAUCAUCACUUCUCGCCCCCUCCUUUCCUUUUUCUUUUUCACUUAGUUGGCAUUCCAUUAUACUACACGCUGUUGGGGGUUUGUCAUCAUUACACCACCAUUCUUUGUGUACAUUCUCGUUUAAUAUCGUUAUUUGCCACUGAAGCGCACUCUUCCAAGUUCAGAGACACAGUUGGUAGUCAUUUAUACAUCAUACGUAUAUGUUAUACAUAUUGCCCCUUACUGCGGGUUCGAAAUGCCCCUGGUGUUGACCCUCUCCUUGACUCACUCUGUCCCGCGCAUCUAAACAUAUGUGCAUACAAUAUUAGGGUUGUGACACAGUAA